AUGGCGCUAAUCAACGUCACUAACACCCCCAUCCGCCAGCACCUCAAGGCCCAUUCGCAGACCGGCCGACGGCGCUACGACAGCUUCACGCUUGGUACGCGGCUUGGCAGCGGCAGCUUCGGCUUGGUCUACACGGCCACCGACGCCAAGCGCCGCCCCAUCGCGUUGAAGAUCGUCAAGCUAGAAAACCUCAAAAGCGUGGAAGCGACCCUCGAGCCGAUACAAGUCGAAACACAGUCCUGGCGGGCCUGCAAUGGUCACCACAACGUCGUCAAGCUCUACGCAUGCAAACGGGUCGACAACACGUUCUACUUCAGCAUGGAAGAAGCUGCCACCGACGUUUACACUCUUACUACCGCCAUCGGCGACCAGCAACACAGACUGCCCGAGCCCAUCGUGCAACGACUGAUGGCACAAGCAUUGGACGGUCUACUUUUCAUCCAUUCCCGAGGAGUCAUCCAUCGCGAUGUGAAACCAGACAACAUGCUUCUAUCCAGAGAUGGUCGUUUACUUCACACGGAUUUUGGGUGGAGCAGAGCACUGCCGUUGGGCCAAAAAGCAAGAACACGUGGUGGAACGGCGGAAUACUUGGCGCCUGAGAUCUUCCACAGCCGAUCUUAUAAGCACUCGCUUGAUCUCUGGGCGCUCGGGAUGUGCAUGUAUGAGUGGAUCGUUGGAAACAACUAUUUACUUCAGAAGAUGGAGGGCAAAUACAACGGAUACAAAGAAAAGAUUGCAUUCUUGGAGGUCAAUCAAGCCUUCUUCCCUCGUUGCUCACGAUCGACUGACCUCAUGCACUCCGGGGUUACACAGCCGGCCUUGGCUGUUUUGCAAGGACUUCUCGCCAUGAACCCUGAAGCGCGGCUCGGCUACUCUGAAGAGGAUCCUCGCAGGGUGUACGCCAGUUUGAUGGAUAUGCCCUUUUUCAAAGAAGUGAAGCACUGCGCCAACAUUCCCGCCGAGGUGGUAUCAAAAGCCUGUGCGCUGAAGCGUCGCCUCAGGCCCGAACGCGUCCAACGAGAUAUGAAGAAACUCGACGACUGGGAGAAGGCAGAGCUGCCAUCCGAAUACGACAACUUGUUCGCGCAAUUCGAGUGGAGCUGUGACGACCAUCCAGAGAAGGCUACAAAUGUUCGGGUGAAGCAGCCUUUACGGAAAAUUGGCCCGGCCGCAGCGCUUGGAUGCCCUUCGCCUAUGAAAUAUACGCCAAGCCGCAUGCCAGUCAAACGACAAAUCUUUCCGCAGAUCCCGGAUUUCGUCCCACGCAAGGUCGGUCGUGUGGCUUCCGAAACUGAU